UUGAUCUUUAUGAAAAGUAGGAGAGAUCUAAUCGUCUCUCCGUUAUGUUCAUAAAAACCAACAUAUCCGCUAGUAUCCGGGGUUCAGUUGACCAGUAUGAUAAGGUCAGAGAUCUGUUGAAAGCCAUUGAUGAACAGUUUACAACCUCUGAGAAGUCACUUGCUAGCACACUCAUUAUGCAAUUCUCUUCCAUUAAGCUUACUGGAACGAGAGGUGUGCGUGAACAUAUCAUGCGCUUAAGGGACAUAGUGGCUCAGUUGAAAACCUUGGAAGUUACCAUGUCUGAAUCCUUCCUGGUACAUUUCAUUUUGUGCACCCUACCUCAACAGUAUACACCCUUCAAAAUCUCCUACAACACACAUAAGGAUAAAUGGUCUAUUAAUGAAUUGAUGACCAUGUGUGUUCAAGAAGAGGAGAGAUUGAUAAUGGAAGAGGGUGAGAAGGUAAAUUUGACUACUUCUAAUUCUGGAAAGGAUAGGAAGAAGUCUGUAGGCACCAAUAAAGGAAAGAUUCCGACUCAACCAACAAUUAAAAAGGAGUCAAAGUGUUUCUUCUGUAAAAAGAAAGGACACAUGAAGAAGGACUGCCCCAAAUUUAAAAGUUGGUUUGAGAAGAAAGGGUAUGGAAAGCCUAAGGAAGCCAGUGGGAAGUGAGCAGUGCAUCUACUCAGGGAGUAGGAUGAGCUCACAUGUAGAGGCCAUUGGAACGUGCGUCUUAGUCUUAAGUAGUGGCUUUAAAUUACAUUUGGAGAAAGUUUUUUAUGUUCC